UUUGAAGUCUAUUUUUAUAAUUGAGUGGUCUCUGUUCGAGAGGAGAGAGCAAUCAUCCAAAUAUCGAUCUGGAACGAGCAGUGGUCUGUGAACUCGAGCUGUGAGAGUGCUGAGACUGUUUGGUUGAUAUCUCGAGUUUUACCAAUCCAAUUAAGGCGUGUGAGAUACCAAAAGAAAGCUCUCAAGACGAGGAAUCCUUGAAGGUCUGGUUUGCAUGAAUCGGAGUUGUGGAAGACUUCCAAAUCGUCCGAGCAAAACACAACCUCGCAGGAGAGGAUUUAAUCUUCUAAAGAAACGAGUUAACCGGGAAACACCCGUUCUAGGGGCUGUUUUCGUAUCAACGAUUAAGGGUUGAACUAGCACUUUGAGGAGGCUGUUUAACACUCAUAUUUGAGAAAGGAAUCAGUCCCAAAUCCACCUUGACCAAAGCUUUGACCAUUGGACCAAGAAGGGAAAGUUUAAAGCUCAAUUGAGGUUGAGGCUAGAGCUUGCAUCCUGUGCUCGUUGAUCGGGGGAUUCCUCGGAGAGAAGACUUGGUUCGUGCUUCCUCCGUUCUAUUUGAAACAUUAAUAAACUUGCUCAUGGAUAUUUUACUUUAGAGCCUGCGUGCUCAUGAAUAGCCCUGUGUGGCUCUUUUGUUUUAAACAAUGUUUUCCGCUGCGUUAUGAAUUACUUAUUAUGUUUGUUUAUGGAUGUUAUGAGUGUGAAUGAUAUUCAAGACGCCUUGUAUAAUAUGAAUGUGUUGGACUGCGGUUGACUAUUCGUAUUGUACGGCGGGUUGUUGACGUGUCCGGAGGGGUCCGGGGCGUGACAAUUAAGUUGGUAUCAGAGCCUUAGUCCAUAAACUUCAUAAUGAAGUCUCAAAAUUCUCUUUUUGAAAAGAUUUUGAAAACCAUGAGCAUAGAAGUUUUGUACUUGGAGAGCUUUUGGUACUUGGGUUGCAAGGUCUCUAAUUGUUAAGAUGGUACCCUUAGCAAUUGGUAUGGCGGUGACUCGAGCCAAAAUGUGUCUUAAGUACCUAUCCGUCAAUUGACAUUUGAUACGAGUCUAACGACUCUUUCCAAAUUUCUUUCAGAAAUGGACCGUGGUGGCAGGAUUACUAGGAGAAACCCAACUGGCCGUGUACCAGUGGAGACUGGACGGGGCAGUCGAAGGACCUCUAGGGCAUCUAGAGGAGCUGGCCGUGGAGGCCGAUCGCAGACCGUGAGUGACGGUCAUGUCGACACAGAAAGUGAAACUUACUGGUCCUAUGAGGACUCGACUUACCAACCGGAGACCGAACCGGUCGAGACCCCUUAUGAAGGGGAUGCUGACGAUGUAAGUGAUGAGGAGGAAAAUGGCUCCUUAGCACGGAUUGAGGCGCUACUCCAACAGUAUCACCGUGAGCGUGAAGAGAGGAGGGAACGCCGAAGGCGCCGGGCUGGGCAACCUUCGGGCAUGACUUCAAGAGGAGGAAGUCAUGGUGCAUCUAGAGUCCAUGUGGAACCACAUGGAGGCCAAAAUGAUGGAGGUCCAACCAUAAGGAUCUCCAAAUUCAUCAAAGAAGCAAGAGAUUUGGGGUGCAAACCCUUUGAUGGAGCUGGGGACAUUUCAGUUGCAGCACAAUGGAUCAAGAGGCUAAAUGAAGCAGCCCUUGACAUGCAAAUCGCGCCGAAUCUCAAACUGAGAAUUGCGGUAAGAUUGCUCGAGGGGAUGGCAUCCAAGUGGUGAGAUGGAACUAAGAGCAAGUACGGUGAGACCGUAGUUUGGGAGGACUUCCAACGGGAGUUCUUUGCCCAAUAUUAUUCUGAUUUUGAAGUAAACAAGAAGGUGAGGGAAUACACCCUCCUAACCCAAGGGGGUAACAUGACAGUGAAGGAACUUGAGUACAAGUUCCGGGAUCUCGCCGACUACAUACCGGAGUAUGCUUGUGACGAGAACCGAAUGGUAAACCACUUUUGGGAUGCUCUUGACUUGGAGAUACGUGAUAGGGCAACACAAUUGCCUAACAUGACUUUCGCCCAAGUGGUUGACCAAGCGUUGAAGGGGGAGAAACAGUGGGAGGAGAGGAAGAAGAGAGACGCCGAGGAGGCGAAAAAGAGAAAGUGGGAGAGUCAUGGCUCCCAAGGUUCCAACAAAAAGGGGAACCAUGGAGGAGGAUCUUUCAGGGCACCACCGCCACCGUCUAGGGGGAACCAAGGCCCGAGUGGGCAAGGCUCGAGGUCACAAACCUCGGUGGUAACUCGUUGCAACAAUUGCAAGAAGAACCACUCCGGUAAAUGUCGCGACCCCCCCUAGAUGCUUCCAAUGUGGGGACACGGGGCAUAUUAAGUCAAAUUGCCCUCAACUUGGUAGAAACCGAGGAGCGGGAUCAAGCGGCACUACUACGGCGAGUAGGAGCCGAACCGGAGCACCUCAUGCUAGUACGGGGCAAGGGGGAGCAAGUACGAGCAACGCACCCUCCGUGAACCAAGGAAGGAGCCAAGCAAGGGUCUACGCAAUGACGGAGGCGGGUGCCCGAGCUAACCCAGAUUCGGUUGCAGGUACGACCGCUUAACUUCCCGUGUUUUACCCAUUCCUCAUCCAUAAAUUGAAGUUAUAAAUCCUAGAAUCCAGGUGGGAGCAGACGUAAGAUUGAAAUGGGAAAGGAGAGCAAAACCAUGCUACUACCCGACCGGGUGGGACAAGUUUUUGCCCUCGUAAACCUUCUGGAUCGCAUACCCGAUCGGGUUUGGUAAUGAACCCGACCGGGUAGGCCAAGUUUUUGCACUCAUAAGUCCACUGGAACACAUACCCGACCGGGUAUGGUGGUAUACCCGACCGGGUUUGUCAAAAAUUUCUGCCCAACACCUUCUGGAACACAUACCCGACCGGGUAUGGUGGUAAACCCGACCGGGUUUGUCAAAAAAAAAAAUUCUGCCCGAACCCACUGAACUUAUACCCGACCGGGUAUAGUAUGUUACCCGACCGGGUACACCUCGAAGUGUUCGUCAAAUGAAAAAGUUGUCUUCAUGAAAGUUGUAGAUAUUUUCAUUGUCUAAAUGAUGGAAUUUGAAUCGAACGAUUUGGUUAAGUAUGUGAAGAGAUAUGAUCAAAACGGUGAGACAGUGUCAAUUUAUAUCUCAACUGCGAACGUCAACCAUAAUUGGGGGAUUUUGCCCACUUUAAGGACAUAAUUUCGCAUUAUGUUCUUCGUAGGAUUGGUCGGUAUGUUAGAGAGGUAUCUUACAUGGCUUAUAAAUGUAGGAACACUAAAGAUUAAUGGGAGAUGUGCGAGAAUCCUCAUCGAUACCGGGGCGCAACGAUCAUUUGUGAGUGAGGCAUUCGCCGGGGGAUUCAACGUACCCCUGGUACCGAUGGCUCAAGACCUAUUGGUAUCCACACCCCUAGGGGAGGACAUCGAGAGAGAUAGCCACUAUCCAUCGUGUGAGGUGGAAGUGGAGGGCCAAAACUUGUCGUGUGAUUUCGUGCCGCUGAGUAUGAUUGAGUUCGAUGCAAUCCUGGGGAUGGAUUGGCUUGAGAAGCAUCAUGCUAGGGUCGAUUGUUACACGAAAGUACUUGAACUUGAAGGCAAUGAAGGGGUAACCUUGCGCUUCGAGGGGGAUAGGGAAAAAUCCAAUAGUUGUAUCAUAUCCGCUGUGAGAGCUAAGAAUAUGAUGAGGAAGGGAUGUCACGCAUAUCUAGCGUAUGUGGUGGACAAAACCAAAGAAGAGACGAGCAUUGAUGAUGUUAGAGUAGUAUGCAAGUAUCGGGACGUCUUUCCUAAAGACUUACCGGGACUUCCACCCGAUAGGGAGAUUGAGUUCGUGAUCGAAGUCGAGCCCGACACCAAACCAAUCUCCAUACCGCCAUACCGUAUGGCACCCGCUGAACUUAACGAGUUGAAAACCCAAUUGCAAGAGCUUUUGGAUAAUGGUUUCAUUAGACCAAGCCACUCCCCGUGGGGAGCACCAGUUCUUUUUGUGAAAAAGAAAGACGGGACACUUCGAAUGUGCAUUGACUAUCGUCAACUGAACAAGGUCACAAUCAAGAAUAGGUAUCCGUUGCCUAGGAUUGACGACUUGUUUGAUCAACUACGAGGAGCAACCGUGUUUUCGAAGAUUGACUUGAGAUCGGGAUACCAUCAAUUGAAGAUUAAGGAAGAUGACACACCAAAGAGUGCUUUCCGCACAAGGUAUGGGCAUUUUGAGUUCCUUGUUAUGUCGUUUGGGUUAACAAACGCCCCAGCGGCAUUCAUGGACUUGAUGAACCGAGUAUUCCAUAAAUACUUGGAUCGAUUCGUGAUUGUGUUCAUAGAUGACAUCUUGAUUUACUCAAAGAGUGAAGAGGAGCACGAAGAGCACUUGAUACUUGUUCUUGAGACACUACGGGAGAAGCAACUCUAUGCCAAAUUUUCUAAAUGUGAAUUUUGGCUAAAGGAGAUUGGCUUCCUCGGGCACGUGGUUUCAGGAUCGGGAAUUGCUGUUGAUAACAAAAAGAUAGAAGCCAUCACCGAAUGGGAGAGUCCAAAGAAUGUCAAGGAAAUUCGUAGUUUCCUUGGAUUGGCAGGCUACUACAGAAAGUUCGUGGAGAAGUUCUCUGUUUUGGCAUCGCCAUUGACGAAGCUCACUCGUAAAGGAGCUAAGUUUGUAUGGGAUGACAAAUGUGAGAAAGGGUUCAUGGAACUAAAGAAGAGAUUGACUGAGGCACCGGUACUUGCAUUACCCAAACAAGGUGUGGGGUACGAUGUCUAUAGCGACGCGAGCAUCCAAGGGCUUGGAUGUGUACUGAUGCAGAAUGGGAGGGUAAUCGCCUAUGCUUCACGGCAAUUGAAGAAGCAUGAGGUGAAUUAUCCUACUCAUGAUUUGGAGCUGGGGGCAGUGGUGUUUGCACUGAAGAUAUGGAGACAUUAUCUCUACGGGGAGACAUGUCACAUAUACACUGAUCACAAGAGCUUGAAGUACGUGUUUACUCAGAAAGAGCUAAACAUGAGACAGAGACGGUGGAUGGAGCUGAUAAAAGACUACCAUCUAGUGAUAGAGUACCACCCAGGCAAGGCAAACGUGGUGGCAGAUGCUUUGAGCCGGAAGAGCUCGUCUGGGGCAUUGCUAGCUAAUUUGAGGGCAUUAAGAGCCCAACUGGAGGUAUCUAGCGAUGGUGCCUUAUUGGCACGAUUUGAGGUGAGACCUACUUUACUUGAUGAGAUCAAGAAGGGUCAGGAAACCGACGAAGAAAUUAUGAAGAUCCGGGAACGCAUGCAAGCGGGUUCGGUGGAGGACUUCAGAGAUGACGGUCUCUUAUUAUUUCGUGACCGAGUGUGUGUACCGGCAGAUGACGAGCUCCGGAAGUCCAUCUUAGAGGAAGCUCAUUCAUCGGCUUAUGCCAUGCACCCGGGGGGCACGAAGAUGUACCGUGACCUGAAGGAGAGUUACUGGUGGUCAGGUAUGAAGAGAGAAAUAGCCGAAUACAUCAGUCGAUGCCUUACUUGUCAACAAGUUAAGGCAGAGCAUCAGCAUCCAGCAGGCUUAUUGCAACCACUUUCCAUUCCUGAAUGGAAGUGGGAACACGUGACUAUGGAUUUUGUGGUAGGUUUGCCACGGACAAUCAGGAACUAUGAUGCAGUUUGGGUUGUUGUAGAUAGGCUCACAAAGAGUGCACACUUCUUGCCUAUCAACACUACUUACCCACUUGAGAGUUUAGCCAAAUUGUAUACGGAUGAGAUCGUGAGGCUGCAUGGGGUCCCAGUGACCAUUGUAUCUGAUAGAGACCCACGAUUCACAUCACGUUUUUGGCCAAAAUUUCAGGAGUCUAUGGGAACGAGGUUGAAGUUCAGUACUGCUUUCCACCCUCAGACGGAUGGGCAGUCUGAAAGAGUCAUACAGAUCCUAGAAGACAUGCUGAGGGCUUGUGCAUUGGAGUUCCAGGGAAGUUGGGACAACCACUUAGCACUUGUGGAGUUUGCCUAUAACAACAGUUAUCAGGCAAGCAUCGGCAUGCCUCCAUACGAGGCAUUGUAUGGGAGGAGGUGCCGUACACCGUUAUGCUGGGACGAGGUUGGCAUGGCCAAACUCGAGGGUACUGAGUUGGUUGAGGUCACCAAAUCAAAGGUGAAGUUGAUUCGAGAGAGACUCAAGGCGGCUCAGGAUAGACAAAAGAGUUAUGCAGAUAAGCGUCGAAGAACCUUAGAGUUUAAGGUUGAUGACGGGGUAUUCUUGAAAGUUUCUCCUUGGAAAGGGAUCAUUCGGUUCCAAACCCGAGGAAAACUUAACCCACGAUAUAUAGGUCCAUUCAGAAUUAUAGAGAGGAUUGGGGCCGUUGCAUAUUGUCUACAGUUGACUCCUGAGUUAGAGAAGAUACAUAAUGUGUUUCAUGUAUCCAUGCUUAAGAAGUACGUGCAUGAUCCCUCUCACGUAUUGGAGAAGCCACCUGUAGAGGUACGUGAGGAUUUGAACUACGCUGUUCAACCUAUCAAAGUCACCGAUAGAAAGGUGAAGAAGCUGAGGAGCAAAGAAGGCCCAAUGGUUAAAGUCCUGUGGAAGAGCGAUCGGGUCGAGGAAGAGACAUGGGAAACAGAGGCUUUGAUGAGGAAGCAAUAUGCUUUCCUAUUCGAGUAGAGCUGUGAAUUUCGGGGACGAAAUUCCUGUUAAGGGGGGGUGAACUUGUGACACCGCACCCGAACGUCCUUGAAAAUUCGAUUUAAAAAUUUAACAUUUAUGUAUUGAAAUUCCGAUUGCCAAACAAUUGUAAAGCGAUUAAUGUUUUACGUAGUGCAUGACUGAAUAUCGUACUGUUCAAACUCGUAUGAUAGUGUCGGGUUUGCAAACACUUUUCGGGACUUAUUAAUAAAUAAAAGAGCUCAACAUUAUCUAAAUAAGUGAUCGAAUGAUUAAAAAGAAUACCAAUGCCUACAACCCUAUCUUUGGCAUUUUUGAGCUAAAUAAUGGAAGUAGGAUUUUCCUUCUAUAAUAUCCAUCAAGUAAAUUAUUGGGAUGAGCCUACACAUAUUGGAGAUCAAUAAUGUGAUUUAGGAAGUUGACUUGUUCUAAAUAAAUUAGGAUGAGUACAAAAAGACAUCUUUUGACAAAGAUAAAACAAUAGGACCCAUUUUCCCCAUUUUUGGAAGUAUUGGUAGAUAAUUUGGAUCCCAAAAUGAUUGGGAUCAAUUGGGAACCACUCCACAUGAUAUUAGUACCUGCAAAACAAAUAAAAAUGGGUUAGGAAACUUACCUUGGCCGACCACCAUGGAGGGGAGCUGCACAAGACUUGAUAGGAAUCAAUUGUUGGGCCACCAUCCCUAUCUUUCGCACAAAAUGGUGUGCUGGUUGUCUCCACUCAUUAUGGGAGUUAUACUCGACCAAACAACGGGUAUAAGGUGUCCUUGGAUAGCUUUUGAAGUCUAUUUUUAUAAUUGAGUGGUCUCUGUUCGAGAGGAGAGAGCAAUCAUCCAAAAAUCGAUCUGGAACGAGCAGUGGUCUGUGAACUCGAGCUGUGAGAGUGCUGAGACUGUUUGGUUGAUAUCUCGAGUUUUACCAAUCCAAUUAAGGCGUGUGAGAUACCAAAAGAAAGCUCUCAAGACGAGGAAUCCUUGAAGGUCUGGUUUGCAUGAAUCGGAGUUGUGGAAGACUUCCAAAUCGUCCGAGCAAAACACAACCUCGCAGGAGAGGAUUUAAUCUUCUAAAGAAACGAGUUAACCGGGAAACACCCGUUCUAGGGGCUGUUUUCGUAUCAACGAUUAAGGGUUGAACUAGCACUUUGAGGAGGCUGUUUAACACUCAUAUUUGAGAAAGGAAUCAGUCCCAAAUCCACCUUGACCAAAGCUUUGACCAUUGGACCAAGAAGGGAAAGUUUAAAGCUCAAUUGAGGUUGAGGCUAGAGCUUGCAUCCUGUGCUCGUUGAUCGGGGGAUUCCUCGGAGAGAAGACUUGGUUCGUGCUUCCUCCGUUCUAUUUGAAACAUUAAUAAACUUGCUCAUGGAUAUUUUACUUUAGAGCCUGCGUGCUCAUGAAUAGCCCUGUGUGGCUCUUUUGUUUUAAACAAUGUUUUCCGCUGCGUUAUGAAUUACUUAUUAUGUUUGUUUAUGGAUGUUAUGAGUGUGAAUGAUAUUCAAGACGCCUUGUAUAAUAUGAAUGUGUUGGACUGCGG